AUGCCCUUACCUGUCCUAUCUGGAGUACCCCAGGGUUCUAUAUUGGGUCCCAUACUAUUUCUGAUUUACAUCAAUGAUAUUGUUGAAGUGGUCCAUCGGGACUCUGGGAUGGCGUUGUAUGCUGAUGAUAGUAAAUGUUUCAGAGUCAUAAAAUCGUUAAACGACUCGCUCCUUUUACAAUCUGACUUAGACAAUCUGUCAUCUUGGUCUAAGUCAUGGAACAUGGACUUUAACGAGACAAAGUGUGCCAUAGUGUCAUUCACCAGAAAGCACCAUCCAAUUAUUCAAUCAUAUUCACUUAAUGGAUCCAAGCUACGAAAAGUCAACGAACAGAAGGAUGUCGGAAUCCUGAUAACCAGCUCUAUGGAAUGGUCAAGUCACGUGGCUACUGUAUGCUCUAAGGCAAACCGUACACUUGGGUACAUCCGCCGUUGUUCUGCGGAAAUUGGUAGCUCAAACGCGCGUCGCACUCUCUACACCAGUCUGGUAAGAUCCCUGUUUUCGUACGGAUCCCAAUUGUGGGCUCCUCAGAAAAUCAAAUACAUAAACAUGAUGGAAAGGGUACAAAGGCGUGCAACAAAGGUUUCAUACCAAACACGGCUGUUAAAGCUCGGCCUUUUACCACUUACUUACUGGCUAGAAAUUCUUGACUUGGUUUUUUACUUUCGUACAUUAAAGGGAGAAAUUUUUCUCGACAAUAAUGGCUUGGUCCAAAUUAAACAACAAAUUCGUAUUUCGCGUCAUAAUAACCCUCAGUCAGGUGUUCUCGCCGAGAUACCUCGUGCUAAAACAGUAUCAUUCCAGAACAGUUUUUUUGUCCGCACAAGUAGAAUAUGGAACAGUCUAACACCAGUUGAAAGGGACUUGUCUCAAAGUGCUGCUACUUUUAAACGUAGUCUCACGAGGAAAUAUAACGGGCUACUUAGAGAUGUCUACGAUCCCGACAAUGCUGUAACUUUAAAGUCGAACUGCAUGAAAUGUCACGUGAACAGAGAACUAGCACACGUUCUCCAAAAACCGUGCUGUUUUUAA